UAAAAAAUAAAUAAUACUCCAAUAUCUCUCUUUCCUUACUGAGCCAGAAGCUACUAUCUUCAACCUUUCCUUCUUCUCUCCCUCAAACCCCCAAAAUUAUUACUUUAAUAGGUAAAAUAUGGCGGAUGGGAAUAGUGAAAGUAUGUCGAUUCGAAAAGUGCUUUUCAUUUCCGCUGGUGCUAGUCACUCCGUUGCUCUUCUCUCUGGAAAUGUCGUUUGCUCAUGGGGAAGGGGAGAGGAUGGACAGCUCGGCCUUGGGGAUGCUGAAGAUCGAUUUUCGCCGACUCAGGUGAGUGCAUUGGAUGGGCAGGAAAUAGUAUCUGUGACUUGUGGAGCUGAUCAUACAACUGCUUACUCGGAGGGCCUCAAGCAAGUCUAUAGCUGGGGAUGGGGUGAUUUUGGGAGAUUGGGUCAUGGAAACUCCAGUGACUUGUUCACUCCUCAACCAAUAAAAGCACUACACGGUAUACGCAUUAAGCAGAUUGCAUGUGGAGACAGCCAUUGUCUUGCUGUGACCAUGGAAGGCGAAGUGCAGAGUUGGGGGCGAAAUCAAAAUGGCCAACUAGGCCUUGGCACCACUGAGGACUCUCUUGUGCCUCGAAGGAUUGAAGCUUUCAAGGGAAUACCUGUAAAAAUGGUUGCUGCUGGUGCCGAACAUACAGCUGCUGUUACAGAAGAUGGUGAACUUUAUGGUUGGGGUUGGGGUCGAUAUGGUAAUCUGGGGUUAGGUGACCGAAAUGAUCGCUUGGUUCCAGAAAAAGUUGCAGCUGAUGUGGGAGAAAAGAUGUUCAUGGUUGCAUGCGGUUGGCGGCAUACUAUCUGUGUCUCCUCUUCUGGUGCUUUGUAUACAUAUGGUUGGAGCAAAUAUGGUCAACUAGGACAUGGUGAUUUUGAGGAUCACCUUUUUCCUCAUAAGGUUCAAGCUUUGCAUGAAAGUUUUACUUCUCAGAUAUCAGGUGGUUGGAGACAUACCAUGGCACGCACUUCUGAUGGAAAACUUUAUGGUUGGGGUUGGAACAAGUUCGGACAAGUUGGUGUUGGUGACAACUGUGAUCAUUGUUCCCCAGUGCAAGUGAAAUUUCCGCAUGACCAGAAAGUAAUUCUGAUUUCAUGCGGUUGGAGGCACACACUUGCUGUUACAGAAAGGCAGAGUGUCUUUUCCUGGGGAAGAGGUACAAAUGGUCAGCUAGGUCAUGGGGAGUCUGUUGAUAGGUAUGUCCCAAGGAUUAUAGAAGCAUUAAGUGUUGAUGGAUCAAGUGGACAACAAAUUGGAUCUUCGACUUUUGACCCAUCAGCAGCUGAAAAAUCUUGGGUUUCACCUACAGAGAGAUAUGCUGUUGUUCCAGAUGAAAAUGUGCCAAGGCAAACAGUGAUUUCAGUAGGAGGGAACGGAAACGACGUAAAUGUGCCGGAAAGUGAUGUGAAAAGGAUACGAUUAUGAGAUUAGUAGCUAUGCAUGUAGCGGUUGGCCAUUUGCUGGUGGACGUUCUGCACUUGAUAUCUUCAGUUCAAAUAAUAGUAUACCUCUAUUUUAAUUCGCAAGACAACGGACUCAGCAAAACUGUACUACUUUCAUUUUUUUUCACUUUUACUCUGAUGUUAGAAGGAGAAUUAAUAUUUCUACUAUCUCCGGCUGUAACUUAAAAUUCAAAGUGCAGCAUGCUCUUACAUGAAGACGCAGUAAAUUUAGUUUUAUUCA